AUGGCUGGGAACACAGGAAAAAUUCGGUAUGGAGUUCAGGAGCGGCAGACAGCAGAGAAGCCAGGCGUCCGCGAGUCUUGGAAGACCGCGUCAAAACAAGCAGGCGCGGGGGGAACCGCAGCAGGGUUUCCUGCUGGCGCGUACAAUCCCAUAUCAGGAACGUUUCAUAAUAUCGCCGGGGUGAACCCAGACGGUUCAGGGAAUUCGCAGAAUGGGCGGUAUCGAUCUUUUGAAGAAGGGGACGACGCAGGGGGGGGAACUCAGGAGAGCGAUGUUCUGUCCAACAGCGGGAGUUGUUCAGGGGAGUCGGAAGAUCAAACAGGGUUGAAAGGGCCCGGUGCCACGUCGCGAGACGGACAGCAGCAAGCCUCGGCGGCGGUCCCUGACAAGAAGGACAAGAUACGCGCCAAGAACGAGAAGAAACACCUUAGGCAAAAGGAGAAGAAGGCCCAGGAGUUGAGGGACAAGUGCACUGGGUUUCUCACCGCUCGGAAGCUCGAGAGUCUGGCGGAGCAGCUGGUAGCUAUGGGUUUCCCUAAGGACAAGUGCACGAUUGCGCUUAUCUGCAACGACGGCAACCUGGAACGGUCGGUCACGUGGUUGCUGGAGGGGCAGGAGAGCAACGUUCGAGACGCGAGCUCCGUGGGGAAUCUGAAGCUGGAUGUGUCGGAGGAGUUGGCGCGCAUGGCGCAGAUGGAGCGCGUGGAUGGGUACAACAGGACCGACAUCGAACGCGCUGUUGUAGCAUUCGAAGGGGACUUGGACAAGGCCGCUGUCUUCUUGCGGGAAAAGCACCGCCCCACGAAGUUCUUAGGCAGGGGCGUUCCUCCCACAGGCGGGUUGCCUGGAUCCGCGGGCCCUGUUGGCUAUGGCUACGGGCAUGGUCACGGGCAGGCGUCGGCCCAUCCCGGCGCUCAAAUCGGACAGCCUGCGCUGAUGGCUUCAGGCAUUUACCCUGGCCCUCCUGGUAGUGGGCUGAUGGGGAAUGCUCAAGAUAGGGAGGACGAUAGGCGCUAUGUCAACGGACAGCACGUGGGUGGUGCGUCGCACCAUCUCCCUCAGCAGCAGCAGCAGCAGCAGCAGCAGCAGCAGCAGCAGCAGCAGCAGCAGCGCGUGCUUCCUGCCAUGGGUUCAUCCGCGCACCGGCCGCUACAGCAGGGGUCAGUAGAUUCGGGAAAGAUGGUUGGAAACGCUGGGCCGUAUGCAAUCAGAGCUGGUGCGGGGAUGGGACUGGGAGGUGGCGCGCCUGUGCGUCACUCCGCGGCCCCCAUGAUGCAGGCGCCUUCUCUGGGUUGGUCAGCUGCGGGUGCCAUUCCACGCGGGCCCGCUGUUAUGCCUGGUGGGCCGCACGCGCUGUCUGAUGGUACUUGGAAAGGGUCCAUGGAGGCUGGUACGGGUCUUCCUGCCACUCAUUCCGCACCCAGCAUCUUCCCGGGUCAGCAGGGCGACCUGUUAGCUGCACAGCAUCAUGACCAGGGUCCGCCGCCGCAGCAGCAGCAGCCUGGAGCGCAGCAGGCGCAGCUUGCGCAGCAGCAGCAGCAGCAGCAGCAGCAGCAGGCACAGCACGCAUGGCAGGUCCGGGGGAUGUCUGGGGCAGCAGGAGGAGUGAGCACGAACAUGGCUGGGGGCUGGAGCCCAUUCAGUGGGGCCCCGGAUGGAUCCGACCUGCCUGGCAAGGCAGGCCUGGACCCUACCUCUGGUAUUCCCAUGGGGCUGACCGCAGGCGCUAUGGCUUUCACUCCCGGUCAGCCGUACGUGCAGCAGAGGGCUGGCGCUGCUGGUGUGGCGAUUGGGGCGCGACAGAUGGGGGGUGUAGGCAGUGCCCCUCUGGAGUCCACUGCUUCUGGUGGCACGUCUGCUCUGUCCUCUGAAGUGAUUCCCCCCUGGGGCGCGUCCACCACUCUUGCUUCUGUUGACUGGAGCCUUUCCGGUGCGCCGCUCAGCUCCCUCGCAACCCUCUCGCCUGCGCCUGAUGCUCCUGCACGGUCUGCUGCAGCAGGGGCGCUGGGCGCGGCGGGAUUUGGUGUGGCGGGCGCAGGGGGUAGCAGUGCGUUUGGGAGGCCGGUGGGUGCGACGGCAGGCGGGCUGCUAUCGGCUGGGGGAGUGGCGACUGGCUCAGGUACGGCAGCUCUGGUCAGUAGCAUUCGCUCUGUAGACUGGAGUGUGUCGGGCUCCCUUGCCAAUGCCAGCGCAGGGAAAGUCGGUGUGGGGGGUGGUUUGGGAGGGGGUAUGGGGAUCUGGGGUGGUGGGACGUCUGGCUUUGCUGAUCAGAGCGUGGCCAGCGGGACUUUGAGCGGUCUUGGGGGGGCCGGUGCAGGGGGUGUGCCUUCGAGCUCUGAGCCUGUGAGGGCGUAUGAUCUGUGGGGGCGGUCUGCCAUUGCUGUGCCUAGCUCUGUGGGCACUGCCUGGCAGCAGCAGCAGCAGCAGCAGCAGGGCGUCCCUGUGCCGUGGCAGCCAGAUUCCAGCAAGGAAGGGGAUGGAGGCGGCACUAAGGAGCACACGGGUGGGGUAGCUGAAGCAACGGCAGGGCAGCAGGUCAAUGGAGGUGGGGAGAAGAAAGCUGGUGAGGCAGUGGAGGGACAGGGUGGGGGGAGUGAGGCGCAGAAGGCAGAAGUUGUACAAGGGGGGCAAGAGGGCCAGCAUGUGCAAGGCGGGCAUGAGGAGCAGCAGAAGGGUGUGGAGCAAGGCGGAGGGGGGCAGGGCGGUGAGGAGCGUGAGGCAGGCGAGACAGGAAUGGCGAAGCGCGUGGUGAUUGCGGGUGGAGGCAUUGCGGGGUCCCUCCUAGCUAAGCUUCUUGAGAAAGACGCCGAUGUGACAUUGAUUGACAGCAAGGACUACUUGGAAGUGCGCUGGGCCACGCCGCGCGCCUUCGUGGAGCCAUCGCUGGCGGAGAAGAUCGUGAUCCCGCACACGGCGUACCUGCACAAGGCCAAGGCCCUCACCGCGCUCAUCACCGGCCUCUCUCUCGCCGCCGCGCCGCCGCCCGCAAAGCCGGAGGCCGACGCGAAGGAGGCGAGCGCAGACGAGAAGACAGAGACGGCGGCUCCCGCGACUGAAACAGAGUCGAAGGAAGAGGCUAAGGAGGAGGCUAAGGAGGAAGUUAAGGAGGAGGCUAAGGAGGAGGCUAAGGAGGAAGUUAAGGAAGAGGCUAAGGAAGAGGUUAAGGAAGAGACUAAGGAGGAGAUUAAGGAAGAUGCUAAGGAGGAGGCUACGGAAGAGGCUAAAGAAGAGGUUAAAGAAGAGUCUAAGGAAGAGGUUAAGGAGGAGGAGGUUAAGGAAGAGGCCAAAGAGGAGACAAAGGAAGAGGUGAAGGAAGAGGAGGCUAAGGAGGAAACGAAGGAAGAGGCUAAGGAGGAGGCUAAGGAGGAGGCUAAGGAAGAGGCUAAAGAGGAGACAAAAGAAGAGGUGAAGGAAGAGGCUAAGGAAGAGCCUAAGGAAGAGCCUAAGGAGGAGGCUAAGGAGGAGGUUAAGGAGGAGGUUAAAGAGGAGGCUAAGGAGGCUAAGACAGAGGAGGCCGUUAAGGAGAGCGCGAAGCCAGCAGCAGCAGGCGGCGAGGUGCUGCUAGCGGACGGCACGGCGGUGCCGUACGACGUGCUGGUGAUCUGCACGGGGUCCGACCCCUACACCACCACCACGCGCGACGACCGCCUCAAGUUCUACGCGCAAGAGAACGAGAAGCUGAAGGCGGCGAAGAGCGUUGUGGUGGUGGGCGGAGGGCCGUCGGGCGUGGAGCUGGCGGGGGAGAUUCUCACGGACAUGCCCGGCAAGAAGAUCACCAUCGCCACUGGCGGCGCGCGCGUGUGCGAGUUCCUCAAGGCGAAGGGCAGCGACAAGAUCCUGGCGUGGCUCAAGGCGCAGGGCGUCGACGUGCUGCUCGGCGACCGCGUGCAGGCCUCUUGGGAUCAAUUCGGCAGCAGCGGCACGCUCAAGACGGACGGGGGCAAGGAACUGACGGCGGACUAUGUGGCCAUCGCUGUGGGCGCGCGCCCUUACACCGCCUGGCUCACAGACGCCCUGGGCGCAGUAGUGGAGGACGGGCGUGUGAAGGUGGACUCGCACCUGCGUGUGGAGGGCCAUUCCAACGUCUUCGCAAUCGGCGACAUCACCAACAUCAAGGAGAACAAGCAAGGGUACUUUGCGCAGGAGCAUGCCCGUGUGGCGGCAUCCAACAUCCGCAAAGUGCUCAAGAGCCAAGGCAAGCCCGCCACGCUCAAGUCUUAUGCCCCGGGUAUGGAUGUGGCCAUUGUGUCUCUGGGCCGGAAACAGGGCCUUGCCCAGCUUCCCUUUGGGACCUUCAUGGGGUGGGUACCCACCAACAUGAAGAGCAAGGGGCUCUUUGUGAACAAGAUUCGGGCUGAGCUCGGAGUCAAGAUGGCGCUAUCGGCGCUUCUGCUCCCCCUGCAGCGUCUGAUCGCCGAUAUCGAGCUCAUCUUCGACCACCGCCUCCCCUCCGCCGCUCCUUUAACCUCCCGCUCCCCUCACUCCUCCCUCUCCUCCCUCUCCGCCGCCGGCUCCUCCUCUUCCGCCGUCUCGCCUUCCCGCGCGCCCCCUCGCGAUAACAGCGACGAUAAGAGCAGUCGCUCGAACCGCCGAGCCGCCAUAGCUCUCGUUCUAGUAAUCGCCAUUGCGGGCGUCACGGUUUCCCUCAUUCUCGCGUGCUCCACCAGCGGCUCGCUCUCGCCGCGCCGCCUUCGUUUCAACGAGCCCGAACCGCCGUACGGCUCGACAGCGGCGGACUGGAACCGAAUUCAGAGUCCAACAGACGGUGCUGCCAGUAGCAGAUCUGCUUUUAGCGGGGAUGAUGGGGACGACGGGCCUGGAACCCCUUCCGCGGGUAGGGGCUGGUGGGGACUGACGCGAAGCGCGCAAGCGCAAGCUUCCGUGGCCGCGGCAGCAGCGUCUGCCGAGGUGCGCUUGCUGCUGAGCCUGUUCCGCGUGACGGCGCUGGGGCAGCGCCUGGCGGAAGCCGCCACGCUGGAAUGCACGGAUGCUGUCGCCCGCGCACAGGAACCACAAGACAGCCUCACAUCCCCCUCCGCCGCCGCCGCUGCGGCUACAGCUGGGGCGGCAUCCGCAUCACUGGGAUCCGCUUCCGCAUCGCCUGGAUCUUCCGCCGGUUUCGGUGCAAGCGCAGAUCCAAGCGCGCGCGUCGGGGCAGACGGGGGGGAUUUCGCGGAAGGUGGUGCCCUCCCCGGCUCGCACCCCGCCAGCGGCGCAUCAAGCGGCGCGCGUUCCGCGUCCGCGGAGCACAUGGUUGCGUGCAGCGCGCGGGAGAGGGCGGCGGGCGCGCCCCUGGCGGCAGUGAAAGCGCACAGAGUAUCCGCGGAGGACGAGGUGCUGCUCGCGCUGGUGCGGGGGAAGAAGGCGGAGAGGGAGCAGAUCUCACUAGCCGUGACGGACCCUGCUAUCGCCUUCCUCUUCCUCGCUCCGCCCAACGCUGCCCUGCCGUCCCCAGCAGUGUGGAACCGCUUCUUCGAGGGCCACGAGGGCAAGUACAACGUGUACGUGCACGCGCAUCCGGGCGUGCACUCACAGACGCUCUUCUUCAACGACUCCCUCGUGCGCGCUCACCAGUACAGGGAGGGUGACAUCACAGCAGUGGAUGCGUUGAGGAGGCUCCUAGCCCCCGCCCUUGCCAACCCCCGCAACUUCCGCUUCCUCAUCCUCUCCCCCUCCUGUGUGCCAGUGCGCAACUUCACCACGGUGUGGCGCUACCUCAUGGCGUCGCCCCUCGCCUACCUCCACAGCUCUGACCCAGAGCCCUCCCCAUCCGCCUACUCCCCGCGCAUGGCUCCUGACGUGCGCCCCCUCCAAUUCACCGCCGGUUCACAGUGGAUGGCAAUCACGAGGCGCCAUGCAUACGCCAUAGUGGAGGACCGGGCCAUCUAUGCCAAGUUCGCUGCCUUCUGCCGGAACGACCGCUGGCACCACCACUGUAACCCCGCCCAUCACUACGUUCCCACUCUCCUACGAGUAAGCCCCCCUCUUGCUCCUCCUGCCGCCACUCCUGCAGAUUCCGGUCUGACUUCAGUCUGA